AAGCUCUAAAAAUUGUAGCUAAAAUCUGACAUUGUUACACAACAUCCGGAUCGAUCCAGAUAAUAUAUUUCUCAAUUCCUUAAAACGUAUCUGCUGCUAAAUUGUGAUUGGUCCGAAAAUACAAAACAGUUAAUAAUUUGCUACGUUUUCAUAUUUACAUACACAUAAAUAUUCCAAUAACGCAUUUACACAUUCACUCAGCAGUUUGAGAGGCUCUUCCAUGGAAUACAGCAGAACUACCGUGCAAAACCUCGGCACGUGUGGAAGUUAGCUCAUCAAGAGCUGGUGAAUUAUUUGCUCAAAACGAAGCAUUUCAUGAACACGUUCCUACGAGAAAUGCAUGUUAUUAAAUAUUCCAAAACGCCGAAUUUCUAAAACUACGUUGCUUAUCUUUUGGCUUGGCGUCCUUUCCAGUCCUUUAAAAAGAAGCAGCUGCCUGGUCAGUUUAUGCAGUCUGAAAAUCAAUACAGGCCUCUCGCAAAAGCCUCACUCUUGAAUAGCUUAAACUUAGUGAUCAAAAACACAGAUUAAAUUAAAAGUCAAAUUUUUCUUGUUAAGUUUCCUAAAAUUUCAAAGAGUUCAAUUUUUUAUUAAAUCUAAUUAUCAUGAAAGACUUGGGUUUGCUGGGUCGUCUGAUCGACUAUUUGUGUCACUUGGGUUUUCUUGCUUUGAUGGAACUAACUCGCAGCGAGGUCGGAAUUCUGGUCGCUUCUGGUGUCGUCGUCGCCUUUCUGGUGCAACGUUGGCGUCGAAUGACUCUCCUCCAACGGUGCGGAAUCCCAGGACCACGACCUCACUUCAUCACAGGAAACAUGAAGGAAUGCUUCUCUAUUCCCAACGUUGUUUUUGAUUCCAACCUCAUUAAUACGUACGGCCCGAUAUGUGGAUAUUAUUUGGGCGCAAAACCGAUAAUUUUGAUUUCUGAUCCCGAAAUCUUGAAGCUGAUUGAAAUCGAGCAAGCUAAAAACUUCAGGAACCGGCCACGACGCGUUCCUGGUGGAAUUAGUCCAGACCCAAAGCGCACCGAGAUGCUGGGCAAUCUCCCCCAUGAAGAGUGGUCAGAAACGAGAAAGGUAUUAAGCAGAGCCUUCACACCGGCAAAAUUGAAGGAAAUGGUGCCCCAAAUCAAGGACAAGGUUGACAUCUUCAUGAAGAAGGUUGUCGAAGGGGAGAUGGACUUUUACCCACUGCUUCAAGGCCUCACGCUGGACAUCAUUGGUCAAACCGGAUUUGGUGUGGAGUGUCACAUCCAGGAAAAUAUUAAUGAUCCAUUGCACCUCGCGGUACAAGCGGAGUUUGCAAAAUCGCCAAGUUCAUGGUUGGUAAAGGGAUAUCUUUGCUUCUCCGAAUUUACUUGGCUCUUGCAACCCUUUCGCGUAGCUUUGUACAAGCUCCAAGAACAUCUCGGUUGGGCAGAAUCAUCCGAACUAUGGGACACCGGGUUCAGCACAUUUCACAAGAGAACUGUUGAGAACAGCCCCCGACGCCCAGACAUUCUGCAACAACUUUUAGAUUCUCACCUGUCCGCAAAUCCUCUCCGAGUGGUGGCCAAUUCUGUCCUGUUUUUUGAAGCCGCUUAUGAAACGUUGUCAUCCUCCCUCGCUUUCAUUAUCCACCUGCUCGUGAAGCACGAAGAAGUCCAGGAGCUCGUUCGAGAAGAACUCGCCGCAGUUCUUGGCGACAAGGGUGGAGAGCUGGAUGAAGUAGUGGAACAGAAUGACCUGCGAAAACUGAAGUAUUUAGAUAUGGUUGUGAAAGAGGGAUUGCGACUGUUCCCUCCACAGACGACAUUUAUUGGACGAUUCGGAGACACGGCAGUAACAGUUCGGAAGGACGGAAAGGAGUACAUAAUUCCACCAGGGGUCCAUGUUCAAGCCGGGCUUUACCAACUCCACCACUCCUCCGAACACUGGGAGGACCCCGAACAAUUUAGACCGGAACGAUUUUUAGAUCCAAACGUGAAUUCUGGAAAAUGGCAAGCAUUCGGACUCGGUCCUCGGAUCUGUAUUGGCCAAUCUUUCGCCUGGAUUGUGUUAAAACUCGUGUUGGGAAACCUACUGGCCAUGUACAUGCUCAGUCCUGGUCCGAAUUUUGAAAAUGAGAUUAGCAUCCGCUACAAAAUUGCGACAAUGACUCCAGCAAAGGGAAGUUUUGCUGUAGUGAAGAAACAGCCACUCACGGAAUAUUGAGACUGACUUCCAAUUUGACGAGCUAGCAUUAAUCUUGUUAGUGAUAAUUUUAACCGGUUUCGGAACAUUUCGGCUUUUUUUUCUGCUGGAAACUUAUUUUACUCGAGUGAUCAGAUAUAUGUAUGUAGUAGCGCAAUUAAUCUAGUUUUGUUCGCAUUUCGCAUUUAUGUAUUAUACGACUACAGUAUUUAUUUCACUAUCAUGACUACAUAAUAAACUUUUGCAGAAAUUAAAAAAUAUA